AUUCCUUCACUUUUGAAAGUUGGCCUGCAAAUUGCAGUAGUAUAAGUGUUAUUUGUAACUUUGUCACCAAAAGAUAUCCAAUAUUUUCAUAUCACAUAGCAGAUAUCUUGAAAUAUCAGUACUCAUUGCCACUUCGAAAUUAUGAUGGUUUUUAAACCCUGCUGCUAGAUAGUGUUACUUUAUGUGUUAAUAAACAUGCACGUGUAUUACUAUAUCACAAUUUAAAAGUAUUUUAGUAACUGUUUAAAUGUAAUUGAUUUCUCCUGUGAUCCUGUGUAUUUUAUGCACUUAAAAAAUCUUUCUGUGAAAGGGUAUGCCUCUCUAGUUCAUCAGGAGGUUUGUGGUACAGAAAUCAUAGAGGAUUGUGGGGUGUCUGAACACUACAGAGUCAACUGCUCCCCUAUCCUUCAUGUCAUCAGGACUUGACUUCCUCCUUGGUUUUCCUCAAGGCCACUCAGUUAAGGCAAUGGUGUGGGCAUGGGUUCAUUUCCAGUUGGCUAGUUUUCUUCCUAGAGCUGGUCAAGGAGUUGAGCUGUAUCCAUGGCUCGUUCACUCUUCUGUCAUGUGAGGAGGCAAGUCUGUCAGAACAUUCCUCCAGUAGACCUGUAGUGAUCUGCACAAGGUACAUGUCCAUUUAAAGCCAAAACACCAAUUUUCUGAAUCCUAAACGGAAGUGUGAUUUCUGUUGUAGGUUUGCAAGUGGAGAAAAACCAGGCAUUCUUCAGGAAAGUUCCCCAUAAUCAGAGUAAUCCUCUGUUUUCCUGUGCCUCAAAGUUAUAAAUCACCAACACAACUCUUAAGAGGAGGAAUUCCUAUUCUAAAGUGGACAUUGGAGAAGGAUCAAUUAGGCUAUCAGAAUGGAAGCAAGGAAAGAAAAUCAGCUGACGCAGGAGCCGGAGUGAGACUGAUGGACUCUCAGUCCCAGCCUACAUCAUGAAUUUGACUCUACCUUCUGUGUGCUGAGAGCCAAGGGCAGGUGAAGUUGCUGGAGAGCAAUGGCUCUCUUUACUCCUUGGAAGUUGUCCUCUCAGAAGCUGGGCUUUUUCCUGGUGACUUGUGGCUUCAUUUGGGGGAUGAUGCUUCUGCAUUUUACCAUUCAGCAGCGAACUCAGCCUGAAAGCAGCUCCAUGCUGCGGGAGCAGAUCCUAGACCUCAGCAAAAGGUACAUCAAGGCACUGGCAGAAGAAAACAGGAAUGUGGUGGAUGGGCCAUAUGCUGGCGUCAUGACAGCUUACGAUCUGAAGAAAACUCUUGCUGUGUUAUUGGAUAACAUUUUGCAACGCAUAGGCAAGCUGGAGUCGAAGGUGGACAAUCUCGUGAUCAAUGGCACAGCAACAAAUUCGACCAACUCCACCACAGCUGUCCCCAGCUUGGUAGCACUUGAGAAAAUUAAUGUGGCAGAUAUCAUUAAUGGAGCUCAAGAGAAAUGUGUAUUGCCUCCUAUGGAUGGCUACCCCCAUUGCGAGGGGAAAAUCAAGUGGAUGAAAGAUAUGUGGCGUUCAGAUCCCUGCUACGCAGACUACGGAGUGGAUGGGUCCACGUGCUCUUUUUUUAUUUACCUCAGUGAGGUUGAAAAUUGGUGUCCUCAUUUACCUUGGAGAGCAAAAAAUCCCUAUGAAGAAGCUGAUCAUAAUUCAUUGGCAGAAAUUCGGACAGAUUUUAAUAUUCUCUACAGUAUGAUGAAAAAACAUGAAGAAUUCCGGUGGAUGAGACUACGGAUCCGGCGAAUGGCUGAUGCAUGGAUCCAGGCAAUCAAGUCUCUGGCAGAAAAGCAGAAUCUUGAAAAGAGAAAGCGGAAGAAAGUCCUCGUUCACCUGGGACUCCUGACCAAGGAAUCUGGCUUUAAGAUCGCAGAGACGGCAUUCAGUGGUGGCCCUCUCGGUGAACUAGUUCAGUGGAGUGAUUUAAUUACAUCUCUGUACUUACUGGGCCAUGACAUUAGGAUUUCAGCUUCACUGGCUGAGCUGAAGGAAAUCAUGAAGAAGGUUGUAGGAAACCGGUCUGGUUGCCCAACUAUAGGUGACAGAAUCGUUGAGCUCAUUUAUAUCGAUAUUGUAGGACUGGCUCAAUUCAAGAAAACUCUGGGACCAUCCUGGGUUCAUUACCAGUGCAUGCUCCGAGUCCUGGAUUCCUUUGGUACUGAACCAGAGUUCAAUCACGCGAAUUAUGCCCAGUCUAAGGGCCACAAGACCCCCUGGGGAAAAUGGAAUCUGAACCCUCAGCAGUUUUAUACCAUGUUCCGUGAGUAUCCAUGUGUCACCUCUACUUUCCAGAAUGUCACCAAAGAUAGAUGGGGGAAUUAAUUAGACUUCUAUUUUGGGUUGUGAUUCUCAGGACCCUUAGUAGAAGAACUGUGUGCUUUCAACCCUUUUCCUUAGGAAAAAUUGACUUUUUUCUUUAAUUGGAAUCGAAAGCCCAUGUGAGCAUUUUAUAAAAAGCCAUAAAAUGUU